UGUGCCCAUCCUCAUGCAAGCACCGCGCCUGCACUAAAGACAACCAGUGCUGCCACGACCAGUGUCUGGGCGGCUGCUUGGAGUCCAACUCUUCGCACAAAUGCGUGGCCUGCCGCAACUACAUGCACAAUAACGCCUGCGUCGACAAGUGCCCACUUGGUUUCUACACCUUUAAGGGCUGGCGCUGCGUCAGCUUCAGCUUUUGCCAGGAGCUCCACAACAAGUGCAAGCAGGGCAAAGGUGACUGCCACCAAUACGUCAUCCACAACGGAGCCUGCAUCCCAGAGUGCCCUUCUGGGUACACCACUGUGAACUCCACUACGUUGAACUGCACCCCUUGCGCUGGCCUCUGUCCCAAAGUGUGCAUGGGGCUGAAGACAGUGGACUCAGUCACUGCGGCGCAGGCUCUGAGAGGAUGCACUGUUAUCAAUGGCAGUUUGGUCAUCAACAUUCGCGGAGGGAGUAAGGACAAAUAUCUCUUUAAUACAAUUUCUCUUCUUUGUGCAAGUGUAGAAGGAUGCCUUUAUUACACAGCUCUCUGGAAUUGGUUCUGAUUGGUUAAUGAGCGU